AUGGCGUUCUUGACCACAGUCCCCCAGAGGAAGCGGGUCAAGUGGAAGGCUCCCCGCAGCUUUCUCAAGCGGGUCUUCAAGCGACGGAAGCCUCACCUCCGUCUGGAGAAGAGUGGCGAUUUGCUGGUCCAUCUGAACUGCCUACUGUUUGUUCCUGGAUUAGCAGAAGAAUCCAGGACAAAUACUUGUGAGAAUAAGUGUGGAAUUAUUAAUAAGGAGCAUAUAUUGACUGCAGCAAAGGCAAUUCUAAAGAAGAGCAGAGGUUAG